ACAAACCCUACCAAAACCCUGAACCUUUCCUUCUUUCACUUUGCGUCUCUCUUUUUGCUUCCAGCAUUUUUCACCCACCAUGCAACUUCAGAAAUCUUGCUUUUAAAGCCAAUCCCUUUUGACAAGAAAAGCCUUAGAACCCCAAAUCCAAUCUCACAUUUAUUUUCUUUCCUGGGGGUGUUCAAAAAAAAAAUGGCAAAAACUUGUGCAAUGGGACUAAUCUCAGCUCUUGCAGCAGCUUCUGCAUCUUCUUCACUUUUAUCCCAAACCAAUCAAAACGUUGCUUUUGCUGAUGGACCCUUCAAUUUUCCUUUAUUUUCUUCUUCUUCUCCUUCCCCUUCCCCUUCCCCUUCAGGCUCUCCUCAGUCAUCUACUGGGCAACUACCAUCUCAGUCGUCUGCUUCACCGGCAUCUACGACUGAUAAGGAAGGUUCUGGGAAUGUUAAGGCUAGGAAUGAUAAUCCAAGGACGUCCUCUGCUGGGUUUGAUCCUGAGGCUUUGGAAAGAGGAGCCAAGGCUUUGAGGGAAAUCAGCAGUUCCUCUAAUGCGAAAAAGGCUUUUGAACUUAUGAAGAAGCAAGAAGAGACAAGGCAGGCAGAGUUGGCUGAAAGAGCUGCAGAAUUUAAGGCAAUGCAAGCCCAAGCUGAAACUGAAAGACAAAGGGUAAUAUAUGAUGAACAGAAGAAACUAACUCAGCAUCAAGCCCAAACAAAGUCACAGAUGGCUCGUUACGAGGAUGAAUUGGCAAGGAAGAGGAUGCAGGCAUGUAUCUAUAUAUACUUUUGCAUUCAUGAAAUAGCAGAAAACGAAUACCAAAGAGCCAGGAAUCAGGAGCUUGUAAAACUGCAAGAGGAAUCAGCAAUUAGACAGGAGCAGGCUCGAAGAGCUACAGAAGAACAGAUUCAAGCACAGCGUCGACAAACAGAGAGGGAGAAAGCUGAGAUCGAACGUGAAACAAUCAGAGUGAAAGCUAUGGCAGAAGCAGAAGGGAGAGCCCAUGAAGCAAAGCUUGCUGAAGAAGUCAAUAGGCGCAUGCUUGUAGAUCGUGCAAAUGCAGAAAGAGAGAAGUGGGUUGCUGCGAUUAAUACUACUUUUGAUCACAUUGGAGGUGGUUUGCGAGCCAUUUUGACAGAUCAAAACAAGCUGGUUGUGGCUGUUGGAGGAUUGACUGCUCUGGCAGCUGGUAUUUAUACUACCAGGGAAGGUGCGAGGGUGAUUUGGGGCUACGUAGAUAGAAUACUGGGGCAGCCAUCACUUAUCCGUGAAUCUUCCAGAGGGAAGUAUCCUUGGUCUGGCAUAUUUUCACGUGCUAUGAGCUCUCUACGCAAGGGGGAUAAAACGUCGUCAAAAAAUGGAAAUGGGUUUGGUGAGGUGAUUUUGCACCCUUCCCUUCAAAAACGAAUUCAGCAACUAUCGGGUGCAACUGCCAAUACAAAAGCUCACCAAGCACCGUUUAGGAAUAUGCUUUUCUAUGGCCCUCCUGGAACAGGAAAAACAAUGGCUGCAAGAGAACUGGCUGGAAAAUCUGGAUUAGAUUAUGCGUUGAUGACAGGUGGAGAUGUUGCUCCAUUGGGACCACAGGCAGUUACAAAGAUACACCAGUUAUUUGACUGGGCAAAGAAGUCCAAGAGAGGCUUGUUGCUGUUCAUUGAUGAAGCAGAUGCAUUUUUAUGCGAACGGAACAAAACCUACAUGAGUGAAGCUCAAAGAAGUGCACUCAAUGCUCUUCUUUUCCGAACAGGUGACCAGUCCAAGGACAUAGUCCUUGCUCUUGCUACAAACCGUCCUGGUGAUCUUGAUUCAGCUGUGGCCGAUCGCAUUGAUGAAGUACUGGAAUUCCCUUUGCCCGGGGAAGAUGAACGCUUCAAACUCCUAAAGCUCUAUCUAGACAAGUACAUAGCUCAGGCCGGUUCAAGAAAACCCGGUUUGCUUCAAAAUCUUUUCAAAAAGCAGCAGCAAAAGAUCGAGAUCAAAGGACUGACCGACGAUAUCUUAAGGGAAGCUGCAGCGAAGACUGAAGGAUUUUCCGGAAGGGAAAUAGCCAAACUGAUGGCGAGCGUUCAAGCAGCUGUUUAUGGAAGUGAGAACUGUGUGCUUGACCCGAGCCUAUUCCGGGAAGUGGUAGAUUAUAAGGUUGCAGAACAUCAACAAAGAAGGAAACUGGCUGGCGCGGAUGGAGAUGGCGCAUGAUUCAAUUACGGGUUUCUUCGGGGGUGAGUUUAGCUGAUUAGAAGGCCCGAUUUUUAGAGUAUAGGGCAUCGUGUUGUCAUUGUUUUCCCUCAUACAAUUGGGGUAGAGGUACAAAUAUAUAUUGAUGUUGAAGUUUUUAAUAGGUUAAAAUUUGUUUCCCAUAAAUCCUAUGGUUAUUCUAUACCAUAGCCUAUGUUAACCAGAUUCUUGUUUUCAUCUAGUAUGUGUCCAUUUACAUAUAACUAUCAAGUUUUGAAUUUUAUUAAAUUAAUUAUUAUUAUUUAAAAUUUAA